GUCGUAAAAGUUUUGCAAGAAAAGUGAAAAUUUUUGGUGCAUUUUUAAUACUCUCCGCACGUUCAGUUUCCUUGGCAUUUUCCCAAUAUAUUUGAAGUUUCGGUGAAACUGGAAAAUCUGUGAAACGGUGAGCUAUCCAAGCCAUAGCUGGAAACUUCAAUUCUGGCUGAGAUUACAGUGCCGAAAACUUGGUUUUCGGAAGAAGUCAUCAUAGGUGGAAUAGAAAAGGAGCAGUCACAAACUAUGUUCAAAAGUCGUAGCGAAGGAAAUGUUGUUUAUAAGUGCACGGUGCGACUUCUGGAGGAUUUGGAUGUUUUGGAAUGUGAAUUUCAGCCACAUCACAAGGGCAGCUUUCUGCUGGACUAUAUCUGCGAGACGUUGGAGAUCACCGAGAAGGACUAUUUUGGGCUUCGAUUUGUGGACUCUGCCAAACAGAGGCACUGGCUGGAUCUGGCGAAAACGAUUAUCAAGCAAGUAAAAGAUGUCGAACCUUUGGUGCUGUCGUUUCGUGUUAAAUUUUACCCUGCUGAUCCCUGUCGGCUGACAGGCUACGGCAAAGUGAUGCUAUUUCAACAGCUGAAACGAGAUCUACGACACGGGAGAUUGUACUGCUCAAUUGGGGAAGCUGCUGCGUUAGGGGCACUGAUUGUACAAGAUGAGUUCGGCGAUUUCGACGCUGAAACGCACACGGGAGAGUACGUGUCAUCACUGAAAAUAGCACUUCGGCAGUCCGAGCAGUUGGAGAAGAAAGCGAUGGAGUUGCACAGGAAACGUGAGCCAGGCCUGGAAACGGUGGCGGUCUUCGACGAGUUUGUAGGAAUCGCACGGAGUCUGGAAACCUAUGGGAUCGAUCCGCAUCCGGUGAAGGAUCACCGGGGUACGCAACUGUAUUUAGGGAUUAACUUUUCCGGUAUCAGUACGUUUGCCGCGGGACGAAGGGCGCAGCAUUUCCGGUGGCCGGAAGUGCACAAGAUUAAUUUUGAAGGCAAAAUGUUUAUCAUCCAUCUUGCGUAUACGGACGAUCGGCGCGAAGUGAAAAAGCAUACGGUUGGCUUUAAAUGUCCGUCUGGAUCUGCUUGUCGAUACGUUUGGCGAUGUGCCAUAGAACAAAUGUUAUUCUUUACUCUUCCAACAAGCCAACAUGCAUCGGUGAUGUCCGGUGGUGGAUUCUUCUCCUGGGGUACCAAAUUCAAAUAUUCGGGUCGAACCGAGCGCGAAAUCCUAUCCGAGUCCCUCAACGCCCUCCGCCAACAGAAACUCAACAACACCAGCCCGAGCAAGAGGAAAGCACAAAGCGUUCCUGCGACUCCUUCAAGCCCUCAAGGUGAUUUAGCGGAAAUCCGUAAGUCCCGAUACAGCAGCCUUCCACGAUCGACUAUGUCUGAACCGUUGGGCGGUUGUCACGACCACAUGGCUUCGUCUGUCUACUGCACCGAUAACCCACUGCCAACGUUGGAAACCGUAUCGGAGGAAGCGCGCAAAACGAACGGUGAUAGUAACGAUCACCUUUCGGAUUACUACUUCCGGGACUCGUUCGAUCAUUCCUCGUCCGAAUCCGGGUUUACCAGCAAUGUGAUUGAAAAUAGACUCGGUUCUCAUCUGCACCACCGCCAAACAUAUACUUCCGAUAAUAUUUCUUCACUGGCGAUGCACAGCAUGGCGAACAAUUCCGCUCUCAUUCAGCAGCAAAAUGCUAGCAAUAGUGCGAAAAAUGCGAAAAAGUUUUCCCUCAUCCAAGCCUUUGUGCCAUCGUUUUUCUUUGUGGUCGCUGUGCUGGCCGUAUCGGCCGUAUAUAUCCUGGAGUCUGAUUCGGAGGUAUUCAGCUCGAUGAAGAAUUUGCCGGAGAUGAUUUGUUUGCGUUACCAGUAUUACCAGCCGCUCAAGGAGUUCUUGGCGAAAAAGUUCGGUGCCAUAUUCUGAUUCGUUUUGGUAAAGCCAAGCGCGGAAGGUGGAGCGGACAGGCACGGCGACGACGGAUAUUAUCCGAGGGCAAGUAGCUACGCCGAGGGUCGGGAAAUGGGUGGAAAUGAUAGUCAUAUGACCCUAACGUUGACGUUACCAAUUACGAGGCAAAUGUAGAAAUCGU